GUCUCCACACAUCCUUCACUCUAAAACCAUUUCACACCUUUCUUUAUUCCUGGCAUGGUCUACGAUGACCUCCUUAUCCGCAACGCCAUUCAGCGCAUGGCUGUAAAUGCCUCAAUCGAAUGGAUAAGACAAUGCAUCGCCUACAAACACAAACAAGAUGCCAUGCCUCGAUCCACCACUGCCAACCAGGACCCUGCUCAAUUCAUCUUUGAGAUGUAUCUCCUUGCAGAUUUUCGCACUCUUGAGCCUAAACCUAUUUUUCCAAGCUCUGUUGCUACCCCUCAUAAGCAAUGGCUUUUCAAAAGCGAUGAUAACAGCAAUCCUCCUUCUUUAUCAAAUGGCUCAACAAGGGAGCGCUUACACCAGACCAGUGGUGGCGUCAUUCUUCAGAUCCUUGAGAUUCAAGAUAUCGGUAUCAGUUCAUUAAAGAUGUUGGAGGCGUGCGAAGCUUUGGGUACUGCAGGCGAUCAGCCAGGAGGGUUUUUGAUCGAGAAAGCUUUGCCUCGGGGCAUGAUCUUGUUGAGUGUCACGGAUGGUGUUCGGAAGAUGAAAGCCAUUCUAAUAGAACCAAUCCCAGGGAUUGCAAUGGAGAUGAAACUUGGGGCCAAAAUUAGAAUUAGUGAUGUGGAAGUCAGGCAUGGAGUGCUCCAAUUAAAUCGGAGCAAUACUCUACUGCUGGGUGGCGAAGUUGCGAGUAUGAAUCGGUAUCCAAGGAGGCUCGUUAUUAUGAACCAGAUGAAGAAGCGCUUGGGCUUACCAUUGGAUCCUUUGCCUACACCGAGCGAUGACGCAUCAACCACACAGCAGGAAGAUCAAAGGAUUAGCCAUCUAGCAGAGACACCGACAUCUGUUAACAGGGUUAACACAAACACCACACCCAACAUCUGGAGGAGUCCUCAGCCAUUAGUAACUACUCAAGAUACCAUUCCUGCUGGAAAUCCAGUGCAACCCCUAGUUACACCAAAAAACAUACCAAACUCGUGGAAGACUUUCAGGCCGGCGGGCGAUUCUGCAUCACCAUUACAGCCAUUACCAUCAGCACUGGAUACGCGAGAUGAAGAAAACCAGUAUCAGUGCAUACUAAAGGACCAGGAGCCAGAUUGGGAUCUUAAUCAGGACAUGGAGCUAGAUGAGAUCAGGCUGUUAGAUGAUGAUGCAUUCGGUUGGGAAGCCAUGUCCCAUAUAUCCCUUGAGGAAAAUGUUUCAGAGCCAGGAGAAUCCGAGAGUAACAAUGAUAUAUACCCGCCACCCAUUGCCAGUAACUCUCCACCUAGAAAGGGACUCACUAGUCGUCGUUCUCUCAGUCUCAAGUCACCCCGUUCUCUUCAUCAGCAGCAGGAGGACCAAAAAGAAAAAAUCACUCGAGGCAAGGACUCAAAUUCUUUCGGUGAACACCAAAGAGCUAAGCAUGCGAGAGACAAAGCAGUAGUUGAUAUGAACAUUCUUCAAGAGUCAUCUGACUUUUCAAAGAAAUUUACGCCUUCAAGUGGCAAUGACAGUGACACCAAUGGCCACAUAGACAAGAAGAGGAAAUGGCAAGAUAGUCCACAUCUAAAUGCUGCGUUUGAUUUAGCUGAAGGAACUGGUUUUAAUUCCGAUGUGAAAAAUGACGAGUUCAGGGAGAUAAAGCUACCAAUUUUAGAGCCACGAGAUAUUGGACUUGUCAAUGGCAUCAAGCACUCUACAGAUCAUGGAUCACAGCAAAACAAGGAUAGGAUAGAGGAUGACAAACAAAAGCUACCAGCAGUAGAGCAUGAUGGCUUAAGUCAAGACAAUAUUAUUAACAGGAAGCGAUCUCAUUCAUUCUUGCCAUCACCAGGGAUGGAAGAAGACACGCCAAUCAAAAUCAAAGUGGAGAGAGAUGAAAACGUCUUGCAUGGGCUAAAGCAAGAGGAUAGUAUUGCAGAGGAGACUACCCUGAUAAAAGUAAAAGUUGAGAAAACCCUUGCGAGUAAUGGGGAGAGCUAUCAUGCAGCAAUUGAUCUUUCAUCUGGUGACGAAGCCGAAACUAUCAGCCAUGCCAGCCAUACACAUCUCAGCGGCUUUCUAAACUAUGAUAUGUUGAGCACAGACUUGCAAAAAAAGAUCAAAGUUGAGCCCCUUGAUCGCACGACUACCUCAAAUGCCACGUGGAUGAAAGAGCCAGGACACGAGGAAACAAUGGUAGAAAUAAAGAAAGAGGAAACCUUACUUGAGUUCGAUAUGAAUGAUGACGAGGAUUAUGGAAGUUUAGCCUUGGCAAUGUCUAUAAUUCCGGAGGUCGAAUUGGACCAAGUCAAGAGAGAGGUACAGGAAGGUCGUGAAGUGAAAGCCAAGUCCCGUGUCCAUAAGCUAGGAAAAUUCUCAUUGACUACAUUGGCCGUCUCCAUCCCGAUCUUCCUCCUUCCGGGAACAAUGACUGCCGCAGACAAUGUUACUGCUUUAGCAGAAACAGAUAUGAAAUUAGAAGCCGUUUUAGAUCAGCAUGUGGUGGAAUCACUCCUUGAGUACUCCAUUGCCGAGUUCAGGGAUCUUGUGCGCACCAAUGAGCCCGAGGCCAAAAGAGCUGUUUUUAGGUUGCGUGCAAACUUAUCCGAAGUUGAAAUGGUGGAGUGCAAGUUCAAAGGCAUGCGAAGUAAUGUACCUGUUAUCCGAGAGAUGAGUAUUUUAUCAAAGAAGAAACGAUAAUCAUGUUCAAUCUACCAUUAUAAAGAUGCUGAUAAUUAAAAGAUG